AUGAAGAACAUAGGAGGACAUACAGCCGAGCGAGCUCCUUACUGGAUGAGGUUAUAUUUUGGAGGUUCUAGUACCAAUAAGGGUGAUGCUGGCGACAUUGGCAAUGAUGGUGGUAGUGAGGGUAAACUAGAUGAUGAUGAUGAUGAAAUUCUUCACAAAGUUUUUUGGAAUGUCCACACGAGAGCCAGGCUUCGAGAUGGCACUGAAUUCGCUGGGAGAGUCGAGUUGCUAGGUAAUGAUGAAUGGUAUCGACUCAUGGAUGACCAUUGGGACAGUUUGAAGUCUCAGACAAUUUGUUUGAGUCUCGGCUAUCCGGACGGUAAAACUAUUCACCGUUACAUCCCUAUUCACACGCAGCACUUGAAUCCUCGCAUCGUAUCAGGGUUCUACUGCUCCUACGUCGGUCUGAAUGAUUUGAGUUGCAGUGCUAAGGACAUGCGAAAAUCCAGCACCAAACUUAAUAGGCAGCUGACAGCCGACGUUUCUGUUCUAUGCAUCUCCGAUGAUUUAAUCAAAACGAACAGCGGUUAUUUUUCCAUGUUGAGUUUGAGUGGAUACUCGCUAGAGAUGUUCUGCGAAUCGACCGACGACGAACAGUUCAUGCACUACACGUGUGAGGCUAGCAGCGAAAGUUUCGCAUCUCAACUGGUCGGAUAUUUUAGAGAACAUUACUGCCAUCUGACGCAAGACCCGUUGAAACCAAUCCCAUGCGAUGACUGGACGACCAAGGAGAUGUUCUACAAAAGUUUCUUUCCAGUUCAACAGAAUGAAACUGAUUUGAAAAAAAAUGUUGAGAAUGGAAGUGACAGGCAGUCUCAGGCAGAGAUACUUUCCGAUCAGUCUAUCCCCGUCAAUAAAUUCGAAACCAAAGAAAAAAUAAAUUUAAACUCGAAAUUUGCUCAUUCGCAACUCGACUGCUCCAAGUUCAUCCACAUGAACAUCACAUGCAAACACCGACACGCCAUCGACAUAACGACCACUAACGAAGCUAUCAUUCUAUUCGAAGCCAGGAGAGAGUUCUACGAUUCUCUAGACAGAUUCGAUGAAAUAUCGACCUGGUUGCACAUGGUCACAAUGCACAAGUUGAGGGAAGGAUCUCUGAAGCAGCCGAGGCAAGGGUUAGUGAAGUCACGCAUCAUGCAACUGUCUCCGUACUUGCUCAACAAACUGGCCAGCGAUGUCGCCAACAUUACCAGGGACAUCAGUGCAACCUUCCAGCCUGCAGUGAAACAACUCAACUUCGUCAAACUGAACAUGUUGAAGAAAAUCUACAAACCAAUAUUGAUUUUUUUCAACGAAACCAUGAAAGAAGUGAAGUACGAAUCGUCGGAUCAAUUUUAUGAUUCGUCUGAAAACGACUCGAGAGCAACUGACCUCCUGAUACACAAAAAUGAUUUCGUCAUGAACAACAGCAGGUUGGUUGAAAAGUUGUGGCUCCUCAAGUUUAAAACAAACGCUACAAAAUCGUUGAGAGUCACUUAUUCAAGUGCCAGUCUGAGUAAAAAGUUUGUAAAUUUUGUGUUUCUGGAUUUUUUAAACAGCAACAGUUGCGUGGCCGUCAUCAGAAGGUGGCACCUGAACUCCCUCUACUUCAUCGGCUGCUACGACCUCACCAUGUCUGUCAAUCUGAAAUCCUGGAAACUAAUUCAUAGCUACCUGCUGAACUACGGUGUAUUCGGUAUCAACUGGAGCAACUUCAAUCUUUCAUACGAUUGGACGGAGUAUCGGCAAUCGAAGCCUCAAAGUUUUGUAAUCGAUUCUUUCAACGAGUCCGAAUACUUGCUCAAAUGUUCCACAUUCCUACAUAAAAAUUCAAAAUUUCACGAACGAAACCAUCUCGAUGACGUCAUAUCGCGUGGAACUCCCCACAGCGGCACAACACGAAAAAUGCACAUGAACGUUCAGUGGGUGAUGGAAGACCCUGAAACGGAAACGGAUCAUGUAAUUUGGAGCGACGGAGUCUUGCAAAACGAGGACCAAGUUGGAGGAAAUGACGUCACAUUCAGCGUAAGCGGAUACAAACUAGGAGUUUAUGAUCUGAAGAUGGCCGUGAAAGAAUUUAAGAGAUUUGAUAAGCUGGUUGACGGCUACAGUAACAACAACGACGACGACGACGACGACGAUGACGUCAACAACUACAACGAAGAUGAAUCAAAUACUGUCGAGAAAAACAAAAACCUGAACAACAAAAACAACAACUGUGACAGUAAUGCAGACAGCAAUUCAGAUUUCUAUCACAUUCGACUGAAUAGUGGCGACGAGUUUGAAAAUAAUGAAUACGGCGCAGCUGGGAAACCGGAAGAACCUAUAAAAAUAAUUUUCAAAGCCGAAAUAACGGUACUGAUGAGUAAUCCUAUCUGUCACAACACAUUUCACGAGAUGGAUGCCAAAGAAUUUAUCGUAUCGAGGUGCGAGUUUAAAUACUCGGGUAGGUACGAACCGGCCAUUUCGUUUUCCGUUAUCGACGAGUUUAUAGUCGGUGACAAAAUCGAUAAUACGAGGGGCGGUCGAGCUGAGAGUAAUUAUAGGAUUGACGUUACGGGCAAGCAGUUAGGAAGCCAGCGACUGUCUUCGACAAGAGGGCAGUCAACCGCAACAACAUCAGCCACAACAAAAUACAACGUUGGUGACGACGUGUAUAAAUACAUGCCGCCAAACAACAACGACUCAAGCGACAUUAAAGCAGACACCCACCAUCAACCUAGCAACAGCUACGAAACGCAUGGGGUUGUUUACGACAAUGCCAAUGAACACUCGACUAAAGACCAUCAAUCGAAUACUUUAUUGGACAUUCUUUGCCACAUCGAAUUCGAUAAACCAACCGACAAUGUACCCAAAUUCAAAGCGGUCAUUCCCUGCAAAUAUACCGAUAUUGAAGAAUCGAAAAAUAUUCUACAGACCGACUCUACCGACAAACGAGUAUCGGUUAUAAUGGCGAUGAUGAUAGCGAUAUCAUUUGUGAUACCGUCCAUCGCAUGCUUGCUUCUCUUCAUUCGCACCAAGAUCAUCAACAACAUGCUCAAUACAGACAUUGAAAUUAUUGAGGACGUGUUGAAAGAAGAUGGUCCGAAGGAUUCGAUAACAUUUGAAAGACUCAGCCCAGAUGCUCUUACAACCAAUCCCACCUGGUCCAACUUUUUAAUUAAUCCGCAACAUCAUUCCACCAAGAGUGGCCAGCGUCGCUACUUCAACGCCGUCAAAGAAGACGACAGCCUGGCUACAGAGUUGCAAAAAUUCAUCCUGCUGAAAUCUGACGUAGCAUUUUCAAGCGCCAGCAUGGACUCAGCUUCUCUCAGCGACAGCUCUGAUCCGAUGCGAGUUUUGGAUGGGAAAAUUUCGAAACUUGCUCAUGAUUCCGGGCCGGCCUAUACAAGAUCUCAACUCUUGGACAACCUCAAAUCUUUAAAAUUAAUAUCAGUUUCAAAAAGUUUGAGUUCGAUCUUUGGAUACUUAACUAGAGCAGGCAUGCUAGAAAACGGCCAGGCAGCAUUAGACAGCGGCACGAUGCAAAUGCAUGCGGCCGGUAGCAUAAGCGAACUUGUGGCAAAGAAAACUUCUUCAAUCGCCAUCAAUCCACACACGGUGCCCAACAACAGAGUUUGGAAACAAUCCGUUUCCUUUGGCAGGAAAAGUAGUUCAAACGAAAGAAUUAAUGUUCCAGCAAACAAGCGAAUAGACCUAUUAGAAAAUAAACACAGCAAUUUGCAACUGAAAGACAAAUGGACAGAUGAACUGAUGGGCAGAUGA